UUUACCUGCAUGCAGCCACCCAGGCCCGACAUGACGCGCGGAACCCAAAGCGUGCACCCAUCUGUUUAAAUGCAAGGUUGCCCCAGAAUUCAACGUUGCAAGCAUCACAAUGGCGGAUGCACCGGCUCCCACAGUCCCGCCCGUCCCAACGACGUACCGCGAGCGACUCGCACAAUUUAGGAUCUUGGAAGAGAAGAGAUUCGAGUUGAUUGAAGAAUUGUUGGAGAAGCUCGAGAAAACCGAAGCGAAGCUGGCACAGACCGAACUCGACCUCAAUUCGGAGCAAAAUGUCCGACGCACACUGCAGGCUGAGGUCGUCGAGGCGAGAGAGAAGGAGAGUGCGAUGGCACAGAGACAGGCACGACGACCGUUCGCGCUAGUCCUGAUUGAUGCUGAUGCGGACGGGUUCUUGUUCCAAGACAAGUACCUGACCAGGAAAGCACAAGGUGGCGAGCAGUUGGCAGACGAGCUCCUGAUCCGGACAAGGGAGUACCUGAGGCCGCAGUUCGACGACGCAGACAGCAUGGACAUCCUCGUACGGGUGUACGCUAAUCUGGAGGGAAUGGCGAACUACCUGGUUCGGCAAGACAAAGUAAGGAACCUGGGUGCACUCCGUGCGAUGUCGACGGGCUUCUGCGGGCGAAUCUCGAGCUUCGACUUCAUCGACAUUGGCGUCGGUAAAGAGGGUAGUUCAGGACGUAAGCUUAGAGAGAACCUGUCCUUCUACACAUCAAGCGUGCAUCUCCGCCACGUCAUCGUGGCAUGCUCACCCACGGAUCUACCCGCUUCACUACUAUCUAACAUGCCGCUGGAGAAGGUAACACUGGUAGAGUCGAUGCCACUACCCACAGCUCUCACCACACUGCCAAUCAAGGUCACCAAGUUUGCGACACUUUUCCCGCCUCCGCCCUCGCCCAAGUCACCACGGCCAAGAGGCCGGAACGGAGCACAACUCCAGCUCAUGCAGCAGGAGGAUGCCGAUGGCGGUGCCACCUGGCUCGUCAUCAACCCUGAGCGGAGCAAGUCCCAGGGUGCCGCUCUUCGAAGACGGAACGCGUCCGAAGAUGAGAAUUCGAGCUUGAGCAUCUCGAUCGGGCCGGACAACACUGUGAGCGUGGACAGUGGGAGACGGCGGCGUAUCAUGGGCUAAGGGUGUGUCCGCGGAGUCGGGCAACGUGACAGCGAUGGUAGCAUUGGCGUUGGGACCCAAAAGGAUCCAUAGGUUUACUGGAUAAGAUUGAUCUGCAUUUUCGGCAUAGCAUAGCAUAGCAUAGCAUCACAUGCGCUCAUCACGCAC